AUGAACAUUUCUGCCGUGGACACGUACAGAGACAUUCUGAAAAGCAAUGUGCUUUCUUUAUCGUCUGCGCCCAUUGAGUCAGUGGAUAGCGUGGUUAUCUCGAUCACAGAUCUAAUAUCAGACGCCAAGGACAUUGUUUUCUCUCCUGACGAGUUUCUGUCUCUCAUUUCGCUUUUCAACCAGAGGCCAACAUACUUCAUUAUUGUUUCUAUUUUCAAAAUACUCCUGAAAGCGAAACUAGACACAGAACAAACCCUUUUAUUUCUUAACUGUCAUCAGAAACAAAAAUCAGACGAGGGGCCGUACUCGCUAGUCAACUGGUCAUUUCUUGAAAAGUCUGUGGCCAUAAAACACACAUUCAUAACGUUUUUGUGCAAGCUGGUGCUGAACAAUAAAAUAUCUGAGUGUAGGCUGCGUAAUGCACAUUUAUCUGCAAAUGAAGAUGCAGGGUCUUCUGUGCAGAACUCCACUGGCGCAAAAAGAGGCAAUUUGUGCAGCGUCUCUUCAUUUGACGUGAUACAAGUGCUUUUCUUUCUCUUUGACGACGAGAAUGCAGCUGUUCGACUGAAAAGCUAUGAGUGCGCGUGCAGGAUAAUAAAGAAAGAGAAACAAGGAUGGAGCAAAAAAGAAAGAAAAGCCUUCAAAAGAGCGCUAAAAUACUUUGGUGCAAGUAGCCUGAAGCUCCUUAGAGAAGAGUACAGAGAUAAAGUGGAAAAGGAAAAAGAAAUAAAGGUGAGAACAACCAAGCUCAGACAAACCACAAAGAUACACAUAAAGAUGGGCCAGAAAAUAAGAAAAAAAACACCUGCGAUCAGAAUACUCGAUACAAAGACCAACAAGUGUAAAGAGAUUAUCACCUGUCGUAAAAACACAAUAUUCUACAUAAAAGAGCAGCAGUCUAUUGAGCUCACAAUAAGCCACAAAGAAAAGGUUUUAUUUGAGCACACCUGCUCAUCAAAAGGAACACUUUCCUAG